GAGAGGCCUUAUCGAGAGCUGUGGGUUUCGCAACUUGAAGUUUUGAGAUAAUGUCGACUGAACCACUUGCGCUAGCGGGCCAAACAGUAGCAAAUGAGCAAAAAACAAGACUUAGCCAAAUGACCUUUUUGGACAUAUAUAGUUCGCCCGAUUUCCCUAGAAAAUCUUCUAUUAUUUGUACAAUAGGGCCGGGAACAGGUACAAAGGAAAUGCUUCUAAAGCUUCGCGAGGCCGGGAUGAACAUUAUGCGCCUUAAUUUUUCUCAUGGUUCUCACGAGUUCCAUGGAAAAUUAAUAGAUAACUUAAGAGAAACUUACAGUGCUAGCCCAGUGUAUGAGGUUGCCAUCGCUCUAGAUACCAAAGGCCCUGAAAUACGCACUGGUAUAAAUUUAAACAACGAGGAUAUUCAGCUUGAAAAGGGGCAGCAUAUUCGGCUCACUACCGAUGAAAGUUAUUAUGAAAAAGGACAGAAAGAUUGUAUAUACUGCGACUAUAAAAAUCUUCCCAAGGUUAUUAGCAAAAACUCCAUUAUUUACGUAGACGACGGGCUUUUGUCCUUGAAAGUGAUAAAAGUCAAUAAUAACUCUGUUGACUGUGAAAUUCAGAACAAUGGGAUCCUGGGCUCUCGAAAGGGCUGCAACUUACCGAACAUCGACGUCGACUUACCAGCGUUGUCUGAAAAGGACAAAAAGGAUUUAGAAUUCGGCGUUCAAAGAGGAGUGGAUAUGAUAUUUGCCUCUUUUAUACGUCGAGCAUCCGACGUCAAGGAGGUUCGCAAAACACUGGGUGAAGCAGGAAAAAACAUUAAGAUCAUCGCAAAGAUCGAAAACCAUCAAGGAGUUCGCAAUUUUGAUGCCAUACUAGCUGCGUCGGACGGCAUUAUGGUCGCUAGGGGAGAUUUAGGCAUCGAAGUUCCUCCUGAAAAGGUCUUCUUGGCCCAGAAGAUGAUGAUUUCAAAGUGCAAUCUAGCUGGGAAGCCAGUCAUAUGUGCCACCCAAAUGUUGGAAAGUAUGACCUACAACCCCCGGCCGACGCGUGCAGAGGUUUCUGACGUCGCGAACGCUAUACUGGACGGGGCCGAUUGUGUCAUGCUGUCCGGAGAAACUGCCAAGGGGAAGUACCCCGUGGAGGCCAUCCAAAUGAUGGCAAAAACGUGCCGGGAGGCGGAGUCGGCUUUCCACUCUCGCCUUUACUUCGACGAUCUGCGCAUGACAAGAGGGCCGAUCGAGGGGGCCGUCACUUCGAUCGCCGAGACCAUCGCCGUGGCUGCCGUGCAGGCUUCUUUUGAACUAAACUUUGCUGCAAUUAUAGUGCUGUCCACAAGCGGUACGACCGCGCGACUAGUUUCAAAGUACAGGCCGAAGUGUCCCAUCUUCAUGGUAACCCGCGUGGCCCAGGCCGCCCGCCAGGCCCACCUGUACCGGGGCGUGUAUGCAUUGCACUUUACCGGGGAGGAACUGGAAUCGUUUCAGGACGACGUCGACUGGCGACUAAAGUGGGCAAUCGAGAAGGGAAAGGAGGCUGGUCACUUAAAAGAAGGGGACCAAGUAAUUUGCAUUCAAGGCUGGCGCGGCGGUAUCGGCAACACAAACUCUUUGCGGAUUCUCUGCGCGGACGGCACAGAUCUUAAAUAAACCUUGCCUUUAUA